AUGGAGCUAUACCUGGCCUUUAUGCUGGGGAUCCUGCCCACUGCAGCUCAAGGUACGACUCAACCCUUGUUUUCAACUGUACUGCAUCAUGUUUGGGAUUCAGGUUUAGGUGUCCAUGUGUUGAUUUGGUUGUGUUGUUGACAUUGUAUUCACUGCAGCUCUUGUGUCCUCCAUACUUUUACGUAUAUAUUACCCGACUAAAAUACAAUUUAUAUGCAGUGGUGGAAAAGGUACCCAAUUGUCAUACUUUAGUAAAAGUAAAGAUACCUUAAUAGAAAAUGACUCAAGUAAAAGUUAAAGUCACCCAGUAAAAUACUACUUGAGUAAAAGUCAAAAAGUAUUUCGUUUUAAAUAUACUUAAGUAGCAAAAGUAAAUGUAAUUGCUAAAAUAUACUUAAGUAUCAAAAGUAAAAGUAAAAGCAAACAUUAUUUCACAUUCCUUAUAUUAAGCAAACCAGACGGCACGAUUUUCUUGUUUUAUUCUUUUACGGAUGUUCUCUUGAUAAGUGUGUGAAUUAGAUAAUUUUUCAGUCAUGCUAAUCAUUCGAAAUGUAACUAGUACUUUUGGGUGUUAGGGAAAAUGUAUGGAGUAAAAAGUACAUUCUUGUCUUUAGGAAUAUAGUGGAGUAAACGUAAAAGUUGUUCAAAAUAUCAAUAGUAAAGUAAAGUACAGAUAUCCCAAAAAACGACUUAAGCAGUACUUUAAAGUAUUUUUAUAUGUCACAUCACAUUGCUAAGACAAUAUAUUAAAUAAGCAUCUGUUGCUGUCCUAAUUACGGCUGAAAUGAUUUGUCUGCUUUUUGGUUAAUUCUUAGACCUAAUUUCAAGUGGGGUCAUUUGUUGCUUUGUUGAUUUAUAUGUUUGAAAGUAUAAUAUGUAUGUAAAACUAUAAUAUUUCAUGAAUAGUUCCAUUAGAUGUUAUGACUGACUUCUUGAAUAUGGAAAAUCAUAUGUAGGACCCAGUGGCGGUUGGUGCCGUUUAAGAUGAGGGAGGGCGCACAUUUGUUUUAUGAGCAUGGCCUUAUUUCUAUUACAGCAUAUUGGAUGACUGUCAUUCAUAUUCCAUUCACCCAGCUCAGCUACUACAUGAUACUCAAAUUUUCCUAUACCCAUCACCUACUUUAUGACUUAAAGUUUACAAUGUACACUACCGGUCAGAAGUUUUAGAACAACUACUCAUUCAAGGGUUUUUCUUUAUUUUUUACUAUUUUCUACAUUGUAGAAACUAUGAAAUAACACAAAUGGAAUCAUGUAGUAAACAAAAAAGUGUUAAACAAAUCAAAAGUUAGUUUAUAUUUGAGAUUCUUCAAAUAGCCACCCUUUGCCUUGAUGACAGCUUUGCACACUCUUGGCAUUCUCUCAACCAGCUUCACCUGGAAUGCUUCAACAGUCUUGAAGGAGGAGUUGGCUGCUUUUCCUUCACUCUGCUGUCCGACUCAUCCCAAACCAUCUCAAUUUGGUAAAAUAGCCCUUACACAGCCUGGAGGUGUGUUGGGUCAUUGUCCUGUUGAAGAACAAAUGAUAGUCCCACUAAGCCCAGACCAGAUGGGAUGGUGUAUCACUGCAGAAUGCUAUGGUAGCCAUGCUAGUUAAGUGUGACUUGAAUUCUAAAUAAAUCACAGACAGUGUCACCAGCAAAGCACCCCCACACCAUAACACCUCCUCCUCCGUGCUUUAUGGUGGGAAAUACACAUGCAGAGAUCAUCCGUUCACCCACACUGCGUCUCACAAAGACAAGUUGGAACCAAAAAUCUCAAAUUUGGACUCCAGACAAAGAACAAAUUUCCACCGGUCUAAUGUUCAUUGCUCGUGUUUCUUGGCCCAAUCAAGUCGAUUCUUUUGACUGGUAGUGUAGAUGCACAGGUUGAGAGAAUUUUUAGCAAUCAAAGUGACAGACAGUGACACAUUCAAUCCCGCCUUGCACACUCUUGCCUGCAUCUAGCUGUUCUAGGGUGUAAUCAUUAGUCCAACAGUUACCAAACAAGAGUUUCUAUUGGACAAAUUCAGGUAUGUUCAUCACCAUUUCGUUCCGUUUGCUUCCUUUUAAGAAACAUCUUUCAACAGAAUCGGCGGAAUGAAUACACGGCUGAUCACACGCAAACACAGUUCACUUUCAUAGCAGCCACAUGAUCACUUUGCUCGUUGUAAUUCCUUCUCACACCUAGGUGCUCUCCUCCUCUCACCUUUUCCCUUCGCUUGUGGACUUCAGUGCACAACACAUCAGCUGUCUGUGACCAGGCAAAAAAAAACGUUCCAAGCCAAACCUUCAUAUCAUAAUCGCUACACACAGCCUACAUCGUUGUUCCAUAUUAUCUAACAUCAUAGUCAACAUAGCUAAUAUAAUUAAUGCAUUAGUAAACCCACUACAAUCAUACAGCACAGUGUACAGUCAGCAGAGCAAGCACUUUAGCAGUUACACUGGUGGGCCCCAGUGGCAAUAAAGUAAUACCUUACAUUGACUUGGAAGAUUUACAGUGUUGGAUAGCCAUAGCCAACUAGCUAACAUAGCAUCCCUCUCUGAUUGAGCCGGAUGUUAGAGUCAGUGUCGGUUUUAGCAUGUAAAUCUUGGUGGGCAAACUCCCCCCCAAAAAUGGAGAUGCAUGCCAGCAAAGCCACUACACAACACUAAACAAUACAUUAAUUGCACUAUAACGGUGACAAACAGUGCCUACAAACUGUUAGAACCUAUAUAAAGUUGUCCCAACAGCAGAGCUUUGUUUUCAGCACCAUGGAGUGAAUCCUUACCACCGCUAAACCUGGCUAUUAGCGGAGCCUUGUCUGGCAGCGAAACAGUUCAUUCAGCCUCAUUUACUGCCUUUAAAAAAAAACAUAGCUGAUAUGGCUGACUUGCUUAAACAAAUGUGGUUUUUGCUGACAGUUGAGAUGUAGAAACUAUGGCAUAAGGGAACGAUGAGCGAAUAAGAGGCAAUCCGUAAUUUCGAUUAAGACAUUAAUGAGUGAGCUAGGACGGACGUAGUCAAUACAACUUUUUGUUGAGCACUUUUGAAAUGUACAGUGACAGAAUUCAGAACAUGGGCCAUUCUUAUUCUCCCUGUACACCAAGUCAGAACCAUAGGAUAAAUAAAUGGGGCAUCUAAGCAGACAAUGAAAGCUCUUACAAUAUUCGAUGACUACAUUUCCCUAAAACAGGCUACAGGCUACAUGUGCACCACCAAGUCAGAACAGUAGGCUAAAUUAUGAGAGGGAAAGGGACCAAAUUAUUAGGGUGAGGCACAUGGGCUACUAACAGCUUACUACACAACAUACACUUAGUAUUACUUUCUUAGCUACAGCAUACAUAUCUCCCUGGCAUAUUACAUCAUUUAUGCAGCAGCAUACAAUACAUUUUUGGACUCACAUUGUUGUGCUGUGCUCACUUGAACAGGAAGGUGGCGGGGCAGUCAUUCUUGUCUGCAAAUUUUGUCAUCAAACUUUGUCAUCAAAAUCAGGCAUUCUCUGGAUUUAUAGUGCUUUCAAGACAACUGGGAACUCAGGAAAAAAAAACAAGGUUGAAUCAUGACAUCAGUGAUCUUCAGGUCGGAGCUCUAGAAAGAGGCCCGAGUUCCUGACUUGGAAUUCCAAUUUGGAUAACUGUUCAAAGCUUAUUUUCCCAGUCGGAGCUCAUUAUUUUCAGAGUUCCCAGUUGUUUUGAACUCACUGAAGUCUGAGAUUUCCCAGUUCCGAGUUUCCAGUUGUUUUGAACGCGGCAGAAGUCAUGCUGGAUUGACAGCAUGGCCAAUGUAUUCAACCUUUUCUGGCCGAUAGCAUGUGAAUGUUUACCCUUUUAAGCUUGGAAAAGAGACCCUUAAACCCAGACUUGGACCACACACCCACUCCACUGAAUAGCAGGCUAGUGAUUACUUUGCAAUGCUUGCAGUUAGCCACUGAAUCCUUCCAAACCACUCAUUGUUGAAUUUUCAACUUGUUGUGUAAUUCAAUGGUGUAAAGUACUUAAGUAAAACUACUUUAAAGUACUACUUAAGUCGUUUUUGGGGGUAUCUGUACUUUACUUUUCUAUUUAUAUUUUGGACAACUUUUGCUUUUACUUCACUACAUUCCUAAAGAAAUAAUGUACUUUUUACUCCAUACAUUUUCCCUGACACCCAAAGUACUAGCUACAUUUUGAAUGCUUAGCAGGACAGGAAAAUGGUCCAAUUCACACACUUAUCAAGAGAACAUCCCUUGUCAUCCCUACUGCCUCUGAUCUGGCGGACUCACUAAACACAAAUGCUUAGUUUGUAAAUGAUGUCUGAGUGUUGGAGUAUGCUCCUGGCUAUCCGUAAAUGUAAAAAACAAGAAAAUGGUGCCAUCUGAUAUGCUUAAUAUAAGGAAUUUGAUAUGAUUUAUACUUUUACUAUUGAUACUUAAGCAUAUGUAAAACCAAAUACUUUUAGACUUUUACUCAAGUAGAAUUUUACUGGGUGACUUUCACUUUUACUUAAUUCAUUUUCUAUUAAGGUAUCUUUACUUUUAUUCAAAUAUGACAAUUGGGUACUUUUUCCACCACUGGUGUAAUGUUUAUGUCCAAUGGCCAAUGAGCACCGAUUUUGAAAGUAUGAUGUUAACAUGAUCAGUCCAAUCAAAGCUACGGUAGAUAUAACGUGAUUUGAUGUCAUUUUAUCUGAGGCCAAUGACCUUUGAGCUUUGAGUCUUCUCGGAUGAUGGCAUCACCCAAGGGGCUUGAAUUUUCGAGUUCUCUCCAUAGAUUUUACGGUGACGGAGUGUCCCCAUGAGUGACAGAACACUGAGCCAGUCAUGGCUCAUCUAAAGAACAUUACCAACCCCUCCGCUCCAUAUUUUCUGCUGGCUGCACCACCACCACAGAAAGCACUGAGCUAGGCUGAAACACCUGCAUUUUUUUUACAUUAUAUGCAAACUGAUAUGUGACACGUAUUAAUGCCAAAAUAACAUGCCGGCGGGGCUAAACAGAUGGGGCUAUUGUCUUUCUCUUUCUUUGAGUGAACUACCAAUCACAUUUUAUGCUAGCUAGCUGUAGUUUAUGCUUUCAGUAUUAGAUUAAUUCUCUGAUUCUUUGAUUGGGUGGACAAAAUGUCAGUUCAUACUGUAAGAGCUCUGAUAGGUUGGAUGACGUCCUCCAGAAGUUGUCAUAAUUACUGUGUAAGUCUAUGGAAGGGGUUGAGAACCAUGAGCCUCCUAGGUUUUGUAUUGAAGUCAAUGAACCCAGAGGAGGACGGAAACUAGUUUUCCUCCGGCUACACCAUGGUGCUACCCUACAGAGCGCUGUUGAGGCCACUGUAGACAUUCAUUGCAAAACAGUGUGUUUUAAUCAAUUAUUUGGUGACUAGAAUAUAUUUAGUAUAGUUUUAUCUAAAAAUGAUAGCUUUUAUGAUGUUUCACUCUUUUAAUUUUUAUGAAAUUCACUGAGGAGAUCAUCCUCCCCUUUCUCCUCCGAGGAGCCUCCACUGGUAGGACCGUACUGUCCUGUACAUCUGCUGCUGUUGUUGUUCCAUUGCUCGACAGCCAUUUGAUAGGCAGCUAGUAUACUUGGAGUCCAUUGGAAGGUGGUGUGUAAUGUUAUCAGGAAGUCUAGACCCAAUCAAUACUGAAUAGCCCAAAACCAUGAGCAGUCCCUCCCUUUGACCCUCUGAGGUUGAGCUGUGGACUGUGGUAAAUAAGAAAAUCUGCUGAACAGCAAAACUCAGUUCUACUUUGAGAUAAAACAAAACAAGACAUACUUUAUGUGUAAGAAUGAAUUGAGACAACACUUACUGUGAUUUUCAGAUGUUGUUUUCUGAUCCAUGCUUUACCAGAUACAGGAGAGUGGAUGCUGAAAUAAAUGCACCAUAAGAGAGCCCAAAUGAACUUUUUACCAAAUAAGAUGUUAGAGAGUUAAGGGUCGCGUUUUUGCAUAUCCUCCCACUGAGAAUGGGGUCACAGCCAGGGAUCAGCCAUUAUUGACGGCGACCCUGGAGCAAACAGGUUUUUCACCUAGUCGACUCAGGGAUUCAAACUACUGUAGCAACCUUUCGACCCAAUGCACUUAACCACUUUGCUACCUGCCACCCUGUGCAUGAUCAGGAAACUCUGAUUCCUAAACAUGGUUAUAUCAACUGGUUUUAAUUCAGUCAACUCUGUCAAGACAAGAUUUAAACCUCAAAUCACUAUUUCUUUCUGAAAGUCGUCUUAAGAUUAAAAGUCAUCUUGGACACCACAAAUUUAGGAAACAAAUUGCAGAAUUGGCCAGCCUGGCUCUAAAGGAGAGGUCCUAUUCUCUCUCUCACUUCUGCUUUUCUUCUCUGUAUCGAUGUCACGAUACCGAGGACGGGAGUGAAUGGAGACACAUUUAUUAGUCCCUCAGGGACCCCCAGACAUUUCACAAUUUAGUUGUAGCCCUGAACUAUCUCAGCUGAUUCACCCAGUCAAGGGUCGCGUUCCCCUGCUCAGAUGUUGCAUGCAUCAACUAAUGGUUGCGUGUCACGUCAUCGACAGUACCGUCGGGCAGCAAAUUGCUAUAGUAUAUGAUGUGGUUAGCUGAUACAUAAAAUACAUGUGCAGUCGUGUAAGAUAAGAAAAACAUGUUAUUUGAAGCCGUAGCCUACUGUAGAUUUAUGUUGAAGUUCUUCAACCUCCCUUGGCCCCAGUGAUUUGCUGGAGUGUCUCAAAGAAGGCAUUGUUUGUCCCUGUAUCACAGCAUCACCAGCAGUUAGCUUCGUCACACGCUAAGCGAGGACAUAUCCAUGUUUUUACCACCCCAUACAGCUCCAUCUGUCUCACUCUGUCCCUUCCGUUUUCGGAAGAAAAUAAGGAAUUCUUUGUUUGAUUUUGUCUUGUGUUUGAGGGUGUAAAAGGGCCAGGGCAUUACCAUAGUCUAGGACGGUGGUUCUCAAACCUCUCCUCAGGGACCCCCAGCCGUUCCAUGUAUUUGAUAUUUAUUUUUAUUUAACCUUUAUUUAACUGUAUUUAACAUGUAUUUGAUAUAUUCCAGAGCUGGCACACCUGAUUCAACUCGUCAACUAAUCAUCAAGCCCUUCGGCGCGUUCCUCUGCCCAGGCGUUUCUGACGGAUGCCAGAUCUUACACGCCUGCAUAUGUAUUUUAUGUAUCAGCUAACCACAUCAUAUAUUAUAGCAAUUUGGUGCCCGACCGGUACUGUCGAUGACGUGACACGCAACCAUUAGUUGAUGCAUGCAACAUCUGAGCAGGGGGACGCGACCCUUGACUAGGUGAAUCAGCUGAGAUAGUUCAGGGCUACAACUAAAUUGUGAAAUGCCUGGGGGUCCCUGACUAGUAAAUGUGUCUCCAUUCACUCCCGUCCUCGGUAUCGUGACAUCAAUACAGAGAAGAAAAGCAGAAGUGAGAGAGAGAAUAGGACCUCUCCUUUAGUGCCAGGCUGGCCAGUUCUGCAAUUUGUUUCCUGAAUUUGUGGUGUCCAAGAUGACUUUUAAUCUUAAAACGACUUUCAGAAAGAAAUAGUGAUUUGAGGUUUAAAUCUUGUCUUGACAGAGUUGACUGAAUUAAAACCAGUUGAUAUAACCAUGUUUAGGAAUCAGAGUUUCCUGGUCAUGCACAAGGUGGCAGGUAGCAAAGCGGUUAAGAGCAUUGGGCCGAAAGGUUGCUACAGUAGUUCGAAUCCCUGAGUCGACUAGGUGAAAAACCUGUUUGCUCCAGGGUCGCCGUCAAUAAUGGCUGAUCCCUGGCUGUGACCCCAUUCUCAGUAGGAGGAUAUGCAAGAAACACAUUUACAUUUUAUACCUGACACUUGUACAGUGGCUUGCAAAAGUAUUCACCCCCAUUGGAAUUUUUCCUAUUUUGUUGCCUUACAACCUGGAAUUAAAAUGGAUUUUUUGGGGGGUUUGUAUCAUUUGAUUUGCACAACAUGCCUACCACUUUGAAGAUGCACAACAUGCCUACCACUUUGAAGAUGCAAACAAUUUUUUCUUGUGAAACAAACAAGAAUAAGAAAACUCCCCCCCCCCCCCCCCCCCCCAUAGUCAAUACUUUGUAGAGGCACCUUUUGCAGCAAUUACAGCUGCAAGUCUCUUGGGGUAUGUCUCUAUAAGCUUGGCACAUCUAGCCACUGGGAUUUUUUCCCAUUCUUCAAGGCAAAACUGCUCCAGCUCCUUCAAGUUGGAUGGGUUCCGCUGGUGUACAACAAUCUUUAAGUCAUACCACAGAUUCUCAAUUGGAUUGAGGUCUGGGCUUUGACUAGGCCAUUCCAAGAUAUUUAAAUGUUUCCCCUUAAACCACUCGAGUGUUGCUUUAGCAGUAUGCUUAGGGUCAUUGUCCUGCUGGAAGGUGAAACCUCUGUCCCAGUCUCAAAUCUCUGACUGAAACAGGUUUCCCUCAAGAAUUUCCCUGUAUUUAGCGCCAUCCAUCAUUCCUUCAAUUCUGACCAGUUUCCCAGUCCCUGUCGAUGAAAAUAUCCCCACAGCAUGAUGCUGCCACCACCAUGCUUCACUGUGGGGAUGGUGUUCUCGGGGUGAUGAGAGGUGUUGGGUUUGCGCCAGACAUAAUGUUUUCCUUGAUGGCCAAAAAGCUCAAUUUUAGUCUCAUCUGACCAGAGUACCUUCUUCCAUAUGUUUGGGGAGUCUCCCACAUGCCUUUUGGCGAACACCAAACGUGUUUGCUUAUUUUUUUCUUUAAGCAAUGGCUUUUUUCUGGCCACUCUUCCGUAAAGACCAGCUCUGUGGAGUGUAGGGCUUAAAGUGGUCCUAUGGACAGAUACUCCAAUCUCCGCUGUGGAGCAUUGUAGCUCCUUCAGGGUUAUCUUUGGUCUCUUUGUUGCCUCUCUGAGUAAUGCCCUCCUUGCCUGGUCCGUGAGUUUUGGUGGGCGGCCCUCUCUUGGCAGGUUUGUUGUGGUGCCAUAUUCUUUCAAUUUUUAAUAAUGGAUUUAAUGAUGCUCCGUGGGAUGUUAAAAGUUUCAGAUAUUUUUUUAUAAUCCAACCCUGAUCUGUACUUCUCCACAACUUUGUCCCAGACCCGUUUGGAGAGCACCUUGGUCUUCAUGGUGCCGCUUGCUUGAUGGUGCCCCUUGCUUAGUGGUGUUGCAGACUCUGGGGCCUUUCAGAACAGGUGUAUAUAUACUGAGAUCAUGUGACCGAUCAUGUGACACUUAGAUUGCACACAGGUGGACUUUAUUUAACUAAUUAUGUGGCUUCUGAAUUUAAUUGGUUGCACCAGAUCUUAUAUAGGGGCUUCAUAGCAAAGGGGGUGAAUACAUAUGCACGCACCACUUUUCCGUUAUUUAUUUUUUAGAAUUUUUUGAAACAAGUUAUUUGUUUCAUUUCACUUCACCAAGUUGGACUAUGUUGUGUAUGUCCAUUACAUGAAAUCCAAAUAAAAAUGCUACAAAAUAGGAAAAACGGCAAGGGGGAUGAAUACUUUUGCAAGGCACUGUACAUGUGUGAAACAGGACAAAUAUAAGCACCCCUUAUUUGAACUUUGAAGAACUCCAUCCUAACCAUUAUGGUGCUUUCAAGAAAACUGGGAACUCUGAAAAAAAUUUGGUCAAAUCACGUCAGUGAUGUUCUCGUAAUUCCGAGUUGGAUGUCUGUUCAAAACAAAUUCUAAGCUUUUUCUGAGUUCCUAGUGGUCUUGAACGCACUGAAGUCAGAGAUUUCCAACUUCCGAGUUCCGAGUUCCCAGUUGUUUUGAACGCGGCAUGAGAUCUGUAUCAAAAGUAUGUCCAUGCAUUGCUAUGAAAUGACAAUACAUACAGCCCUAUAUGUAGAUGUAUGAUCUCAUCUCUAUGUUAACCUCAGCAGAAUGGCGGCGUCCUGUGAUCAAGUUAAACUCAGAGGUCGUGGUUGGGCCUGACGUAGUACUGAACCCUGGCACCCCAUUGGUCCUGAAGUGUGAGGGGGAUGGGCCAGUCAACUGGCUGACCCGGUUAUCCAAACACAAGAGCUUAAUCUCCAAGGGCAACGGGAGAGUCAGAACCUUCAGGGUGGAACGUCCCUCUGCAGAACACACCGGGACAUAUAAGUGUGAAUAUACUAGUGGGAACGUCAAGGGUCGGGACUUAUUCUCUACUGUGCACGUCUAUGUGAAAGGUAAGCUCAGAAGAGGAGUGAGUUGCUGUUUGUUUACCAUACCUGUAGAGAGAGUGUUUUGGCCAGUAUCCCUCAUUCUAACACAUCCCCCCUUCUCCACCAGACCCAGACAGCCUGUUUUGGACCAGCAGCACAUCCCUGCAUGUGGUGAGGAAGGAGGGGGAGGACCACCUUCUCCCCUGCAUGCUGACCGACCCAGAGGCCACAGACUUGGGGCUCCGCAUGGACAACUGUACCUCUGUGCCCCCAGGGAUGAACUACAUAGCAGACCCCCGCAGAGGCAUCCUCAUCCGCAACCUCCACCCCAGCUACAAUGCUGACUACGUCUGCAGCGCCAAGCUCCACGGGGUGGAGAGGACUUCCAAGGCUUUCAACCUCAACAUCAUCCAAAGUGAGUAGGUUGAGUGUUGUGGCGGGAUACUUUACUUAAAGGGGCCUGAGUCAAGGCACAUGCUUGAUCAGGCCCAUGUACCAUACUGUAUCGUACAAUUGCUAUAUUUUCAAAUUCAAGAACAAGUAUUCGAAUUGGCAAAGGAGCUUGUGCAUAUUGCUUUAUUAUACAUGCUUUGUUCCUGGUUCCCUCUGUGUCCAGGGCUGCGUUUCCCACCUUAUGUAUUCCUGGAGAUGGACGAGUAUGUUCGUAUCGUGGGUGAGAAGCUGAGCAUCCACUGCACCACACACAACCCCAACUUCAACUUUAAUGUCACGUGGAAUUACAGCUCCAAAAAGGCAAGCACUUUCAGAGUUUCUGGAAUGAAAAUUUGUUCCACUGUUGGCCAAAUUAAAAUGCAUGAUAAUAGGUCUUGACAACGACAUUAUGUUAUUUUUCUGUCUCUUCUUACAGAGAUUUACCAUAGAGCAGAAUGUCCAAUCAGUGGACACUAACCGUCUGGACAUUGAAAGCAUCCUGACCAUCCCUGCAGUGGACCAGUCAGACACAGGCAACAUUACCUGCAUCGGCACCAACGAGGCUGGAGUGAACAAAUCUACCACCUCUCUGCUGGUUGUAGGUAAGUUACUGGAUAACUCUAAUAUAAUUCAGGCACACAUGGGGAUACUAGAACAUAUUCCAGUCACAGAACUGGAUGGUUAGAAUCAGGGCACACUGUAGGAAAACGUUUUGCAACAGAAGUCCCUCUCCGUUUCAAUGCCUGAUGUAAGCACCCCUGUCUGAUCUUGAAGAUAACCCCUCCCAUGUCUCUCCGUGUCUCUGUCCAGAGGAGCCCUACAUCCGUCUUUCUCCCCAGCCGUCCUCCAAGCUGGCUCACCAGGGCCUGUCCAUUGAGGUGAACGAGGGGGAGGACCGGAAGCUCAGUGUCCUGAUCGAGGCGUACCCCCAGAUCAUAGGCAAGCACUGGGAGACCCCUACAGCCUCCUCCACGCAGGAACAAACCUUUACACGCUAUAACAAUAGGUGGGUGGAACUCAUACAACAACAAGAUGAAGGUAACUGACUGAGAGAGGAGUGAUCCUCCUCUAGCUGUAUUGGGAAGGCAUUUGGGGCUUUGGGACUAAAGGACAGCAACAGAAAACUGUAUUUUAAAAUGUUCACGGAUCAAAGGCUCACUUGAUCAUAAUUAUAAUUCGGAAAGUAUUCAGACCCCUUACUUUUUCCACAUUUUGUUACGUUACAGCCUUAUUCUAAAAUAGUUUUUUUUUCCUUCUCAGUCUACACACAAUACCCCAUAAUGACAAAGCAAAAACAGGUUUUUAGAAAUGUUUGCAAAAAAAAUUAAAAAUAUGAAAUAUGACAUUUACAUAAGUAUUCAGACCCUUUACUCAGUACUUUGUUGAAGCACCUUUGGCAGCGAUUACAGCCUCGAGUCUUCUUGGGUAUGACGCUACAAGCUUGGCACACCUGUAUUUGGGGAGUUUAACCCAUUCUUCUCUGCAGAUCCUCUCAAACUCUGUCAUGUUGGAUGGGGAGCGUCGCUGCACUGCUAUUUUCAGUACCCUCCAGAGAUGUUCGAUCGGGUUCAAGUCCUGGAGCAGGUUUUCAUCAAGAAUCUCUCUGUACUUGGCUCCGUUCAUCUUUCCCUCAAUCCAGACUAGUCUUCCAGUCCCUGCCGCUGAAAAACAUCCCAACAGUAUGAUGCUGCCACCACCAUGCUAUACAGUAGGGAUGGUGCCAGGUUUCCUCCAAACGUGAUGCUUGGCAUUAAGGCCAAAGAGUUCAAUCUUGGUUUCAUCUGACCAGAGAGUCUUGUACUCCAAGCGGGCUGUCAUGUGCCUUUUACUGAGGAGUGGUUUCCGUCUGGCCACUCUACCAUAAAGGCCUGAUUGGUGGAGUGCUGCAGAGAUGGUUGUCCUUCUGGAAGGUUCUCCCAUCUCCACAGAGGAACUCUGGAGCUCUGUCAGAGCGACCAUUGGGUUCUUGGUCACCUCCCUGACCAAGGCCCUUCUCCCCCGAGUCUUGGUGGUCUUGGUGGUUCCAAACUUCUUCCAUUUAAGAAUGAUGGAAGCUACUGUGUUCUUGGGGACCUUCAAUUCUGCAAAAAAAAAUGUGGUACCCUUCCCCAGAUCUGUGCCUCGACACAAUCCUGUCUCGGCGCUCUACGGACAAUGCAUUCAACCUCAUGGCUUGGUUUUUGAUCUGACAUGCACAGUCAACUGUGGGACCUUAUAUAGACACGUGUUUGCCUUUCCAAAUUAUGUCCAAUCAAUUUAAUUUACCACAGGUGGACUCCAAUCAAGUUGUAGAAACAUCUCAAGGAUGAUCAAUGGAAACAGGAUGCACCUGAGCUCAAUUUCAAGUCUCAUAGCAAAGGGUCUGAAUACUUAUAUAAACAAUGUAUUUCUGUUUUUAAUAUUUUAUAAAUUUGCACACACAAAAAAAACUGUUUUCCGCUUUGUCAUUAUGGGGUAUUGUGUGUAAAUUGAUGAGGAACUGUCACGAUCGUUAGACGGAGUAGACCAAGGCGCAGCGUGAUGAGCGAACAUACUUUAUUAUCUUUAGUGAUAACAAGAACAAAACAACAAAUGAUAACGACACGUGAAGUCCUACGGUUAAACAACCAACACGGAACAAACCAAAAGGAACAAGAUCCCACAAACACUGUGGGAAAACUGGCUGCUAAAGUAUGGUUCUCAAUCAGAGACAACAAGCAACAGCUGAUACACGUUGCCUCUGAUUGAGAACCACACUGGCCAACAUAGAAAUAUAACAUACUAGAACAGAAACACAUGAAAACUCACACCCUGGCUCAACAUACUAGAGUCCCCAGAGCCAGGGCGUGACAGUACCCCCCCCCCCCCCCCCCCCCAAAGGCGCGGACUCCGACCGCGCCAACCAAACACCACAGGGGAGGGACCGGGUGGGCACUCCACCUUGGCGGCGGAUCCGGCUCCGGGCAUGAUCCCCACUCCCCCUCUAACCCCCCAAAGUACCCCUGGUCCGGUCUGGCCCUGCUGGCCGGAGCUGGACUGAACACUGGUGGAGCGGAUUGCUCUAGCUCCGGCGUGGAGCAGCUGACCGGUACCGGACCUGGCACCGGUGGAACAGGCACGGGCUGUGCCAGACUGACGACGCACACCACUGGCUUGGUGUGGGGAGCAGGAACAGGCCGAGCCGGGCUGGCGACGUGCACCAUAGGCUUGGUGCGGGGAGCAGGAGCGGGCCGGACUGGGCUGGCGACGCGCACCAUAGGCUUGGUGCGGGGAGCAGGAACAGGCCGGGCCGGGCUGGCGACGCGCACCAUAGGCUCGGUGCGGAGAGCAGGAACAGGCCGGGCCGGGCUGGCGACGCGCACCAUAGGCUUGGUGCGGGGAGCAGGAACGGGCCGGACCGGGCUGGCGACGCGCACCAUAGGCUUGGUGCGGGGAGCAGGAACAGGCCGGGCCGGGCUGGCGACGCGCACCAUAGGCUCGGUGCGGAGAGCAGGAACAGGCCGGGCCGGGCUGGUGACGCGCACCAUAAGCUUGGUGCGGGGAGCAGGAACGGGCCGAACCGGGCUGGCGACGCGCACCAUAGGCUUGGUGCGGGGAGCAGGAACAGGCCGGGCCGGGCUGGCGACGCACACCAUAGGCUCGGUGCGGGGAGCAGGAACAGGCCGGGCCGGGCUGACGACACGCACCACAGGCUCGAUGCGAGGAACAGGAACAGGCCGGACCGUACUGGGGACACACACCACUGGCCCUACGCAGGGAUCAGGAACGGGCCGGACCGGACUGGUAACACACCCCAGUACCUCUCGCCGUGCAUCUACACUCUCCCUCUCCUCUGUGACCAGUGGCCCCCUUAACCUGGCGGCCUCCUCUACAAACCCGCUGGACCGCUCCAUCGCGGCCUCCUGCUGCCCCGUCGUCCACGGCGUGAGCCCCCCCCUAAAAAAUUUCUGGGUGUCUCUCCUCCCCGUGGACCAAGCCUCCCUAUCUCUCGCCAGACUCUUCCUCCACUGCUCCAAAGUCCAACCACUCUGCUCUUCAUUUGGCUUGACCCAGUCGAGACUCUUCCUCCACUGCUCCCAAGUCCACCCUCUCUGCUCUUCACUAGGCUUGACCCAGUCGAAGUUGCCACGGAGAUCCGCUAGCGAUUCCCCUGGCGAUGGCUCCUGGACACGCUGCUUGGUCCUGGUAUGGUGGGAUCUUCUGUCACGAUCGUUAGACGGAGUAGACCAAGGCGCAGCGUGAUGAGCGAACAUACUUUAUUAUCUUUAGUGAUAACAAGAACAAAACAACAAAUGAUAACGACACGUGAAGUCCUACGGUUAAACAACCAACACGGAACAAACCAAAAGGAACAAGAUCCCACAAACACUGUGGGAAAACUGGCUACUAAAGUAUGGUUCUCAAUCAGAGACAACAAGCAACAGCUGAUACACGUUGCCUCUGAUUGAGAACCACACUGGCCAACAUAGAAAUAUAACAUACUAGAACAGAAACACAUGAAAACUCACACCCUGGCUCAACAUACUAGAGUCCCCAGAGCCAGGGCGUGACAGGAACAUCUUUCUUUAAUACAUUUUUGAAUAAGGCUGUAACGUAACAAAAUGUGGAAAAAGUCAAGGGGUCUGACUACUUUCCGAAUGCACUGUAAUUCAGAAUGGGGAAGCUGCAGAAGAUUUGAAAUUAGCUGAUGUUUCAGUUUAUUUGUUUAUCUGGCACAAACUCAGAGGUCACCACCACCGGUCCGAAGAGUUCUGUGCUAUGAAACUAGAGUUAAGGGAAGGAAGGAGCUAAUGUUUUACCUCCGCGAUGACACAUAGCAAUAACUGUCUAAGGAGAACUAGCAUGUAUUAGUCAUCAAACCACAGCACGUCAUCUGCAUUCAUUCCUCUUUUGUCCCAGUUAAUGAUAUCCAGUGAUUCUACAAUACACUCUUAGAAAAAAGGGUUCCAAAAGGGUUAUUCAGCUGUCCCCAUAGGAGAACCCUUUUUGGUUCCAGAUAGAUCUCUCUGUGGAACUCAAAAUGAUUCUACAUGGAACAAAAACAGUUCUACCUGGAACCAAAAAGUGUUCUUCAUAGGGUUCUCUUAUGGGGACAGCCGAAUAACCCUUUUAAGUUCUAGAUAGCACCUUUUUUUCUAAGAGUGUAGAUCUGGUCUGUUUUUCACUCAGGUAUUCCGCUACCCUGCUGCUCAAGAGGAUGAUUACACAGGAGCAGGGCCAGUACACCUUCUAUGCCAGGAGUUCCAUGGCCAACGCAUCCAUUACAUUCCAAAUCCAAAUGUAUCGUAAGUAAAGUACGAGUAGUCUGUAUAAGUACAGACAUACUAAUACAGACACACAGUGUCAGUUCAUACAACAACCAUACACUGAGGAAUAAAUUCAUUUUCAGCACAGCAUCUAUUGAACAUAUUUGUCUCUAUUUUGAGUGUGUGAGUAUUGUUUGACCAUGCCACUGACUACCUCUGCUCUCUCUUGAUUGGCAGAGAGGCCGGUUGCCGUGGUGAGAUGGGAGAACAUCACCACCCUCACGUGCACGUCGUUUGGUUACCCUGCUCCCAUAAUCCUCUGGUACCAGUGCUCUGGAAUCCGAACCACGUAGGUGUUAGAGAGGGCACAGUGGUAUGAUAUUGCCAUCGUAAAAGAUAGACUUAAUAAAUAUAGUAUGUUUUUUUUUUUUAUCAUGACGUAUUAGAUAUCAUAACUAAAUGGGGAACUCUAUCCUAUCUGUAUCUUCCUAUGGAACAGGUGCAAUGAGAAUGCAACAGGUCUCCAGAUGCCUGCUCCUCUCUUGGCCCAAACGGUCGAGGUCCAGAGGGAGGAGUACGGAGCGGUCGAGGUCCAGAGCGUCCUGACAGUGGGACCAUCCAGUCGUAGGAUGACCGUGGAGUGUGUCGCCUUCAACCUGGUUGGCGUCGGUAAAGACACCUUUGCCAUGGAAGUUUCCGGUAAGACCAGAGCACGGUUAUCCAUGGUUAUCCUCAAGCUUACUGUCUUAUCUAGUUCAUACUCCUUUUUCCUGUGUCAUCAUUGUCAAGUAAAUGAACUGUACAUGUCUGUCUGUACAUCUGUUUAUUCAGAUUCACAAUAGCCAUUACUUUAGCUACAGCUAUUCUUCCUUGGUUCCACAUAAACCCAUAACAAAGCCAUCACACACAGAAAGUUCUGAGUGUGUCAUCACCAGCCCCCCUGACUCUGCUCUCUGAUUGGAUAGAUAAAAUGUUCCCCUCCACCCUAUCGGGAGCAGCUGGUGUUCUGGCCUUCCUCCUCCUGCUACUCAUGGUCCUGCUCUACAAAUACAAGCAGGUAGGGCACACAACACCCUCUGCAAUAUAGAAAAUAUACUAAUAGACCAGUAUGUGAUCUCAUCUAAAAUAAAACUAGGUAACAAACUGAUAUAUUCAUGAAUAGAGUAUUCACAAAUAUUUCUAGUUUGAAAUCAUUGUUACCUUUAGUCAAAGAAACCAUGGAGAACCCUUAGUUAUUCAAAAUGGUUGACUAAUGAACAUUUCCUUCCCUCUACAGAAACCAAGAUAUGAGAUCCGGUGGAAGAUCAUCCAGGCCAAUGAAGGAAACAACUAUACCUUUAUCGACCCAACUCAGAUGCCGUACAAUGAGAAGUGGGAGUUUCCCAGGGACAAGCUCAAGCUGGGUUUGUGCAGUGCAGUGGUUUGGUUCUUGAAAGUUUCAGGAAAAAUGUAAUUUGGCCUUACUACUAUUAGCCCAUACAAAGACAUUGAAUAGAGUCACUACAUGGAACAACAGAUAGUCCCCCAAAAAAUUAAAAGGAAGUUUGUUCUGAAGUGUCUGUCUAUUUAAGAAAGAUUUGUAUUUGCCUCCUUAUUUUUGACACUAAACUAUCUCCAUAUACUGUUUAGAGUACUUCCAUUCAUUUUUUUAACUGGUACUAGGGGACCUUCAGAGGAGUCUUGUGAGGCAAAACAGCGGACAUGUACGUGUUUGUGAGAGACUCACCUUUCCACAGAGGGGUCAUAUUAGUGUGUAACCCAAACUGUUCGGACACUACAGACAGAAGUUGGCUGGGGGUCGUAGAGCAAAACUAUGACUCCCACAAGGGGGUUAAAGUUCAUUUCCAGAAAUUCUGCACAUUUUGCCAUGUGGCGUAGAGAAAAUGUUGCCGUUUUAAAGCAAGUUUGCUGCAAUUCUACACAUUUUGCCAUGGGGCAGAGAGAAAAAUGUGUAGUUUUAGAGCUAAUUUCCUGCAAUUCUACACAUAAGGUGGAGGCAAAUGUUAGCAGUUUUUAUUAUGAUAACUCAUGAUCAAUGAGCCCCAUCCCGUCGGUAAUUCAACCAUGCUUACUACAAGUUUAGAUAGCUGGCCGCUAGACUAACUUACAAAGCUAAAAAAAAAAAUGCUGACAUGGGCUAAUCGAGUGACUGCUGAUGCACAACCAAAUUUCGACAUUGCACCUUGUGUAUUCUAUUAUUCUAACGGUGUGAAAUUGGUCCGUGGGUGGGCCGCCAGUUGCCCAUCUCUGGGUUUGAUAGUCCAUACUGUAUGGUGAAUGAGUGAAAAAGUGAUGCGUUGGCUGUGUGACCUGCAGGGAAGAUCCUAGGAGCCGGGGCCUUUGGGAAGGUGGUGGAGGCCACAGCCUAUGGUCUGGGGGAGGACGACAACGCGAUGCGAGUGGCUGUAAAGAUGCUCAAAGGUCAGAAUCCAUUGAAUUGAACAAGUUUUUUUAGUUCAGGAGUAGAAUUGAUCAAAGUCUGAGAAACUGUCUGUGAUCAUAGUGUUACAGAAGUAUCAUAUGAUUGGGUUUCUUUCUCUCUCUAUCUAUCUCUUUCUGCAGCCAGGGCCCACUCAGAUGAGAGAGAGGCUUUGAUGUCAGAACUGAAGAUCCUGAGUCACCUGGGACAGCACAAGAACAUUGUCAACCUCCUGGGAGCCUGCACUCAGGCGGGUGAGACUGAACACUAUAAAACACAGCUUCCUAUCUGAAGAUGUGCAGAGACAUUCAGAGAAUUACAGUAUCUGUAUUUUUUUUUAUGUAUUUGAGUCAAAUUUGGCCCAAAUAUUUCAAUUCAAACCUAUGUGGAAGUUUGAAAGUUUUCUCCAUUUAUUGAAAAUGUCAAUUUUUCUUCUCUCAGGACCUGUACUGGUGAUCACUGAGUACUGUAGUUAUGGCGACCUUCUGAACUUCCUGCGACACAAGCAGGAGACCUUCCUGAACUUUGUCAUGAACAUACCAGAGGUACCAGAAGAGACCAGUGACUACAAGAACCUCUGUGAGGGGAAACAGUUCAUCAGAAAGUAUGGAUAUUGUUGGCAUGCACCAAGCUCAUGAAAAAGCAUGCACUCACCUUUAUUCAGCUUACACAGCAGCAGCCUUGUGAAGUAACCACUUUGUGUGAUUUCCCUCCUCCCGACCCUCACCCUCCUCUCCUCCCCUGAUCCCUUCCUCCGCUCCCUCUACCAGUGAUAGUGGGAUAGCCAGUGUGUGUUCUGACAGCUACCUGGAGAUGAGGCCUGGUCCCCAGCUUGUCAACUCCUCUCUGGGUAAUUUAUCUGUCUUACUCCCUUCUCUUUUAUCUAGAACCAGUCAUUGCAUUGGUUCACCAGUUUAUUGUUGUUUGUCUCAGACAUUUCUAUGAACAUAAAAUGAUAUUCUAUUCUAUCAGACUCUGUGUGUGAGGAGGGUGGGCCGGACUCGUGGCCAUUGGACAUGGAUGACCUGCUGAGGUUCUCCUACCAGGUGGCUCAGGGCCUGGACUUCCUGGCAGCCAAGAACGUGAGUUUCAAAAUAAAGGUUGCGAAACAAGGCUUGUAUAACUACUAAUAUUUCAGUUUGAGAUUAUGUUUGGUGAAAAUUCAGCAUACUAUAUAUGUUUAAAUAUAAUCUGAUAGAGAUAAGAGAUGCUCUUUGUGAUGUUGUAGUAAGCUACUGUAACUGAUUCUCUCUCUGUCUGUCUCUUUGUCUCAGUGUAUUCACCGGGACGUUGCAGCCCGGAACGUUCUCCUGACAGACCGCCGUGUGGCUAAGAUCUGUGACUUCGGCCUGGCACGUGACAUCAUGAAUGACUCCAACUAUGUGGUGAAGGGCAAUGUGAGCAAACAACAACAACCUCAAUAACAUGUUCCAUGUCAAUAAAAAACCAUUCAUGUGUAUUUGAUAUGCGUUUCCUCACACCAUGUGUCUAUAGGCGCGUCUGCCAGUGAAGUGGAUGGCUCCAGAGAGUAUCUUUGACUGUCUCUACACUGUCCAGAGUGACGUCUGGUCCUAUGGGAUCCUGCUAUGGGAGAUCUUCUCUCUAGGUGAGCUGGCAUAAAUAUGAAUCUCUCAACAUAAUAGAUUUUGAUAUCUCUGGUGAAAUCAUUCAGUCGUUCUUGUUUAGUUGUUUAAUUCAUGUGUUUUGUUUAAUUUCUUUAGGAAAGAGCCCCUACCCCAGUAUCCUGGUGGACACUAAAUUCUACAACAUGAUAAAGUGUGGUUAUCAGAUGUCUCGACCAGACUUCGCACCUCCAGAGAUGUAAGUUACAGAUUCAGGGCUUUUAGGUUUAAAUAACCUUGUCCCCCUUCUGGCUGAAGCCUUUAGCUUCAUUGGGAUACAGAUUCAUGUAUAUUACAAUAUCCUUUUAGAAUAUUCUGUAAGACUGAACAAAGACCCCCUAUCUUCCAGUCAUACCCCCUUUUCAGCAUUUGUAAUCAAAUUCAAUUUAUUGUGCCUUAAAAGCAUUAGGCAUCGCUGAUUCCAGAUUACUUUGCUGGAGUUCUGAGCCCUACAUUGAAAAAGCUCUCCACCACAAGCAAACACCCCACAGAAACGAGGAAUAAAGAGUGUAUUUUUCAAUAUCUCCAAGGCUCCAUACAUCUGUGUGUGUCGAUUCGCUGUGGUUGUCACACUACCCAGAAUAACUGUAUUGUGGGUCCGGAGACAGAGGGUACUGAGACUGAGUCAGGACAUAGUCAUCUGGGCCCCUUUGUGUGGGGGUGAGUCAGUCCUUGGUCAGGCAUGGUUCUGCGUGUUAGCCACAUGAUCAGCAGGCUGGAGCCCGGAACUGAGCCAUUUCACAGCCCAGGCAGGGAGAAGACUGGAGGGACUGUAGUGGCGUUUAUGAGGUGUGCCUAUCUGUGCGUCACAAUCAACCAUGCUUAUCAUUCUCGGAUCUAGUUACAUACAACCCCAAAGAUUGGCCAAAAAGGGGUCUAAGUAGCACAAGGCAGAAGUAUGGCAACUGAAAAGUAUACUGUCAUUUGAUAUGGACAUGGCGGGGUUCGAAAGACCAUAGAGCUCUAUAUUGAGACAAUCUUCUCCAUGAUGCUUGAGGGCCUUGCAGAACGAUGAUGAAUGCUACAAAAUAUUGUAUUUUUGAUACUGUAUCGUAACCAAUAUGAUAUUUCAAAACAAAUGAAAUUAUAUUUGUCCCAUGCGCUGAAUACAACAGAUGUAGACUUUACCGUGACAUGCUUUCUUACAAGCCCUUCCUAACGAUGCAGAGUAAAAAAAUUAUAACACAUAUAAAAUACACAAAAAUGAAGCUACUGUAUAUACAGGGAGUAGCAGUACCAGAUCAAUGUGCAGGGGUACGGGGUACAGUAUUUGAGGUAGAUAUUUACAUAAAGGCAGGGUAAAGUGACUAGGCAUCAGGAUAGAUAAUCAUAAGAGUAAGAAUAAAGAAGAAUAAAGUAAGAAUGUAUUUCUGUCCCACUAGGUAUACGAUCAUGAAAAUGUGCUGGAAUCUGGAGCCAACAGAGCGACCGACCUUCAGCAAGAUCAACCAGCUGAUUGAGAGACUACUGGGUGAGCAGCCAGAACGUCCAGAUCAGGUAACACAGACAGGGGGAUGGAUGUUUACCAUGGUGGAUAAGCUGUAUAUCUCUUAUCAGAAUAAAACUGCAUCUACCCUAUGGACAACAUAAAACAUAUUUAAUUGUCAGACUGGAUUGACCAGACUAAAGCAUUAUCUGUAGAUAGCAAUACUGUAAGUCAUGAAUGAGUGUUUGUUUUGAAACCUGCUAUUUUCAGUGUUCUGCUCUCCUGUCCCAGCAGCACCAGAACGUCCAGCUGCAGCAGGACAUGAUGGUUGAGGAGUUGGAGCCGUGUGAUGAUGAUGAUGAGCCUAAGUGUUGUGAUGGCUCCUGUGACCAGUUGUGUGAGCACGAAGAGGAGGAGCAACCGCUGAUGAAGACCAAUAACUAUCAGUUCUGCUGAAAAGCAUAAUUCUAUUUCUAUGUCUGACAUCAUCAAACUAUCCACAUUCUGAUAUGGAAUUCGUCCACAUUCUAUCGUCUCCUGCUCACUGUAGAAUCAUUCUGGGAGCAGGAGAAGAUAUUUUUACGCCCAGUUUUACACUGUAGACAGGCAGCUGAGAGAGUCAUGUCAUGUGACUUGUUAUAUCCCAUGACAAGUUUUGGAAAAACAAAAGGAGAGAAUUCAUCUAAUCACAGAUAGUGCCUUAGUUGUGUAGUUAAUAUAUAUAAUGCCAUAUUUUACAUAAAUUACUCUUCUUUGUUGUAUGCUUUGGAGAUUAUCUUUUAAAUCUAUGCACUAAAGAUGCAUCUACCCUGCCUGACCAGAUUGUGUUGCUCACAGUUUUUUGUAGGCUAUUUGUCCUCUUUAUGUACAUUAUAUUCUUCUGUAGCCACUAUGGAUAGGGUUGAUUUCUUAUUUGUGGGAACUGGGAACGAAUGCUGCUGUGGUGUUUCAAUUUACAUUUGUCAGCGGGUUCACUUUCACAUUGUAGGAUGACCUUUUCUCAACAUGCUACGCAGCAGCAAGACAGUAGCAAACAAUGCAAUAGUAUAAUUUCUGCUACAGUAUAUUUGAACAUAUUCUAUAUUUGUAUGAUGGCUUAGUUUGAUGCUGGACGUAAUAACAUGAGAUAAAAUCUAACUGGGGACCACAUUCCAUGUAUUGUCCUUCAGCUUAAACAUGCUGCAUGAAUCAUUGAAAUGGAUUGUGUGACGCUAUUUACAUCAAUGAAAGCAGGUGUAUUGUUUUUUUUAUCUCUAGCGAUAGUAGUUUCGUAUGACAGUCACAAUAUCUUCAGAGUUACUCUCUCGUGGACACAAUCACGCAGCUGACUAAAUGAUGCAAGAUUUUAGUUGUGGGUUAACCAAUAUUACUUCAGACUCAGCCAGUCGAUGGCAACGUGAUUGUCAUAUGCUACAGUACAGAAUGAAAGGCAGAUAAAACUGUAUAGGGAAAUCCGUGGAUCCAAGUAUAGACAACACAAAGGCUUUUGUUUUUGAUUGACUCAAUCGAUUGUUUAUUUCUAUAACACUCAAUAUUUUGAUGUUCAUUAAUUGAUCAGUUCAUAAUUUCUGGGGGUAAAUUAUGCUACAAAAAUGUUGAUUCAUUGUAUUGAAUGUAGAAUUCAGCUAAUACUGCCUACUGUA